CUACCGCAUGUACCUUCCGGUGUGGCAGAGCCUUUAUUCUUAGCUCAGCCCUCAGCGAUAUCUCUUUGUGGGACACACCUAAUCAUUACGUCAAUUUUCAAAUUUAUAUAAAACUUUGUUUAGUGAGUCGGAAGCAAAAGUUGGUUUGAUUAAAAAUGACAAAAAUAGUUCAGAUUUUCAUAUUUUCUAUUCUUGCUCUUGGUUCAAAUGCAAAGUACGAUGGCGGUGUUGAUCUACCAGAAAAGUACGUGAAGUCUGUGCAAUCUUCUUCUCAUUCAAACAACUGGGCUGUUCUUGUUGAUGCCUCACGCUUUUGGUUCAAUUAUCGUCAUGUAGCCAAUGUUCUCUCAAUCUACAGAUCUGUUAAACGGUUAGGCAUUCCAGAUAGCCAAAUUAUUCUCAUGAUAGCCGACGACAUGGCAUGCAAUCCAAGGAAUCCACGCCCUGGUCAUGUUUACAAUAAUGCCAAUCAGCACAUUAAUGUAUACGGAGAUGAUGUAGAAGUUGACUACCGAGGAUAUGAAGUCACCGUAGAGAAUUUCGUACGCCUGUUAACUGGUCGCACACAAAAUAGCACCGCACGGUCUAAGAAACUCCUCACAGACCCCGGAAGUAAUGUUCUUAUCUACUUAACUGGUCAUGGAGGAGACGGUUUUCUUAAGUUUCAAGAUUCUGAAGAAAUAACCAGUCAAGAGUUAGCCGAUGCUGUCGAACAAAUGUGGCAGAAAGAAAGGUACAAUGAACUCUUAUUUAUGGUCGACACUUGUCAGGCAGCCUCACUCUAUGAAAAAUUCCAAUCACCAAAUGUUCUGGCCAUAGCUAGUAGCUUAGUAGGCGAAGAUUCUUUAUCGCAUCACGUAGAUCCCUCGAUAGGAGUUUACAUGAUUGAUAGGUACACUUUUUACGCUCUUGAAUUUUUAGAAAAAGUACAACCUAAUAGUGAUCGGACAAUGGGCGAAUUCCUACAAGUAUGUCCAAAACGAGUAUGUAUUUCAACAGUAAGCGUACGAAAAGAUCUUUACAAUCGGGAUCCCAAUAAAGUACCAAUAACUGAUUUCUUUGGGUCCAUACGUCCGACAGAGAUAUCAACUGGAAGGAUUAACAUAACGCUUGCUGAUGAAGAAGACUUCUUUGAAUAUCCAGUUCACAGCGUACCAGCGAAAUCUAUUAUUACGUAUAAAUUUCAUCCACAAUUUCCAUCUCACUUGUUUGAUGAUAAAUAGAAGCUAAAAUCAAUUUUACCGAUUGAAUAGAUGAGCAGCAAUUCCAUGCAUGUGUAGUUUCCCAAACAAUUGAAUCUGUCUGCGAUUAAGUGCGACGAGCUACGACUGACUCUUUCACACCCACUGCUUCAAGUUUACUCAUAUUUCUCAUAUUUAAAACUUUUGCCAUAUAUUUGUUUUUCUUUAAGUUUUUAUGUUUUCUUUAAGUUUUUGUACAUAUUUUAUAAAAAUA